UAUUCCACUGUCUGUUUCUACUAACAACAUUGACUCCUACACAUUUAAUUUCUGUGAAACAUUUAAGGUUUUACAUUCAAUAUGAUUAUUGUUUUUUCUUUUAACACAACAAGGAAAUGUUGAAAAUUUACGUUUGUGUCAUCAGAUGCAGUAAUAUGCUGAGAAAGUCACUGUCCUGCUGCUACCUGAGUAUUUAUUGUAAAUCUUCAGUCGUGUCUCGUAGAAUCUAACUGAGACUCCAGUUGGGACCAGCAGCUGAGAGCUUCACUCCCAGGUUCUGUCCUUGUAAAUCCUACCCAAGUCCCAUGAUGCACUGGGGGGAGGGUUUCUACGGCGACUCUGACAGUCAACAAACAUGGCCGACGCUGCAGGGAGCUCUGAGCCACAUGAACGUUCCCGCUCCCACAUCCCAACGUUCUCAGCCGGACAUCCCAUGAUCCCCAAACUGUACGUGAUGCCAUGGAAACAGGACAUGAAGAACCAGAGGCUGCUGAUGAAGAACGCAGCUCUGGCUGGGAUCCCUGUGCUUCCUCUGGAGGAGUCUUUGUGUUUUUGUGGUCGGGAGCGUCUCUGCCACAGCCAGCCCUCCACCCAGACCUCCUCCUCCUCCUCCUCCUCCUGGGCUCCUCUCAGCCAGACAGGACUGACAGCUCAUCACUCCUCCCACUUCUCCAGGUACAACAGCUCUGUGGUGACGACCAGACGGCUUUAUCAAACCUGAGGACAGAUCAGUCCUUCACCACAAACACUUCACACACAUGUGUUUAACGUGGUUUCAGCUGCAACACAAAUCUCAUCAAUAAUAGUUUUGUGAACCAGUGAACCAGUUUCCAUCAUCCCUCUUGACUGAGUGAUGAAUUCAACUCUUUUUCAGCUUCUUUUCAUC